AUGGGAUGUGCAACAAUUGUAGUAGGAUAUUUUCAAGUUUCUUCUUGGUUUACUGCAUGUGAACGUCAAACACGUUGUCUUAGUGAAACACUUUUUCGGUCAAUACUUAAUAAAGAAAUAGCUUAUUUUGAUGUAAAUAUAACUGGUCAACUUAGUACAAGAUUAGCAAAAGAUAUUAAUAAAGUCCACGAUGGUGCAGCUAUUGCUGAAGAAGUUAUAAGUAGUAUACGAACUGUUUUUUCAUACAAUGGAGCUGCUUAUAAAUCGAAAAGAUAUGUAAAACAUUUAAGAUCAGUAAAACUAAGUGGUAUUCGUAAAGGAGAAUUAAAUGGAGCAUUAAUGAGUGCUAUUUUCUUUUUUAUCUUUUGCACUUAUACUUUGGGUUUUCGGUAUGAAGCUAAACUUGUUCAUGAAGAGGAUUUUUCCAAUGGAGGAAUUCUUAUUAAAGAUUUUAUUGGUGAUAUAAAAUUUACUAAUGUUCAUUUUUCUCAUCCAUCUCGAAUUGAUGUUCUUGUUCUUAACAGACUUUCAUUUACGGCUCAACGUGGUCAAACAACAGCACUUGUUGAUUCUUCUGGUUGCGAAAAAAGUACAUGUGUACAAUUAUUACAAAGAUUUUAUGAUCCAAUUGAUGGUUCAGUUGAAAUCGAUGAUAUUCGGGUUAAUCAAUAUAAUCUUAGUUGGCUUCGAGAAUAUAUUGGUGUUGUAUCACAAGAACCAAUUUUAUUUCAAACAACAAUCAAAGAAAAUAUACGUUUUGGAAGAAUGAAUGCAAAAACAGAAGAAAUUGUGGAAGCAGCAAAAAUGACUAAUACACAUAAUUUUAUAAUGGAAUUACCAGAAAAAUAUGAAACACUUGUUGGUGAACGUGGUGCACAAUUAACUAUUGCUCGUGCACUUAUUCGUAAUCCUCGUAUUCUUUUACUUGAUGAAACAACAAGUGCUCUUGAUAGAGAAAGUGAAAGUAUUGUACAAGAUGCACUUAAUCGUGCAUCAAAAGGACGUACAACAGUUGUUAUUACACAUCGUUUAUCAACUAUAGUAAAUGCAUCAAAAAUAAUUGUUCUUGAUAAAGGAUCAAUAAUUGAAGAAGAAAAUCAUGCAACAUUAAUGAAUGCAAGAGGAGUUUAUUAUGGUCUUGUUGAAGCACAAAAUUUACGUAUGCAAAAUAAUGAUCAAAAGGAAGAUGAUGAUGAUGACACAUCAAGUAUGAGAAAAAAUGUUUUCUUCAAAAACAAGAAGAACAAAUUCACGAUGAGAUUCAAAAGUAAACCUACUGGCACAAUCACAUCAAAGUUAGACAACAGUCAAAUACAACUAAUGGCUACAGAUGUCCAUCGCGGCUGAAAAUCUGCCGCUGCCGCGCCACGAUGAAUUGUAAAAUAAAUGUGCCGCUGCUGCGAAAGUUUUCAAAAAAGUGUUUUUGAUUUCACUGCUACGACUGUAUUCGAUCAGAAAUAUUGGUACUAGUCCAUUAGAUUCAUUCAGUCUCAGAGUGUUUCAUUUGUAAACACUGAAAUUCUAUUAAAUUCAUGCAAUUUUUCAAUGUCCUCGAAAAAAAAAUGCUACCGCCACCAUGGACAUCUCUCCCAAUGGUAUCAUACUAGGUCACUGUGACAAGGGAAAUCU